CACUUCUCCACUGAAAUCUCUACUGUCAUUCAUCUCAUUUUGAUCCAGCAAUUUCUCGAACAGGAGUUAAGGUUUAGAAAUUGCCGGAAAUGCCUCCGAAAGCAGCUAAAUCGAAGGAAGCCCCAGCUGAGAGGCCUAUUCUUGGACGUUUUUCUUCUCACUUGAAGAUUGGAAUUGUUGGGUUGCCAAAUGUAGGGAAAUCGACCCUAUUCAAUACCCUGACUAAGCUGUCUAUACCGGCUGAAAACUUUCCUUUCUGUACCAUUGAGCCCAAUGAGGCUCGAGUGAAUAUUCCUGAUGAGAGAUUUGACUGGCUAUGUCAACUCUUCAAGCCGAAGAGCGAGGUAUCAGCUUUCCUAGAAAUUCAUGAUAUCGCUGGACUUGUUCGUGGUGCUCAUGAAGGACAAGGGCUUGGGAACAAUUUCUUAUCGCAUAUCCGUGCCGUUGAUGGAAUUUUUCAUGUAUUACGGGCAUUCGAGGAUCCUGAUAUUAUCCAUGUUGAUGACUUGGUGGAUCCUGUGAGGGAUCUUGAGACAAUAUCUGCAGAACUACGUCUGAAGGAUAUUGAGUUCAUGGAGAGGCGAAUUGAAGAUCUUGAGAAGAGCAUGAAGAGGAGCAAUGACAAGCAACUAAAAAUUGAGCACGAGUUGUGCCUGCGGAUCAAGGCAACUUUGGAUGAGGGAAAAGAUGUCCGCCUGGUGGAAUGGAAAGCUGUUGAAGUUGAGAUACUGAAUACUUUUCAGUUGCUCACUGCAAAGCCUGUUGUUUACUUGGUGAACAUGAGUGAGAAAGACUAUCAAAGAAAAAAGAACAAGUUUCUCCCAAAGAUCCAUGCUUGGGUGCAAGAGCAUGGUGGUGAAAUCAUGAUCCCUUUCAGCUGUGCUCUUGAGAGGAAUCUUGCUGAUAUAUCCCCAGAUGAAGCUGCUAAAUAUUGUGAGGAAAACAAGGUCCAAAGUGCUCUUCCAAAGAUCAUUAAGACUGGAUUCGCAGCCAUUAAUCUUAUAUACUUUUUCACUGCAGGACCAGACGAGGUGAAGUGUUGGCAAAUUCGUCGACAAACUAAAGCGCCGCAAGCUGCAGGAGCAAUUCAUACUGAUUUUGAAAGAGGCUUCAUAUGCGCUGAGGUUAUGAAAUUUGAAGAUCUAAAGGAACUUGGAAGUGAAUCAGCAGUGAAGGCCUCUGGGAAGUACCGGCAGGAAGGGAAGACAUACAUUGUCCAGGACGGGGACAUUAUUUUCUUCAAGUUCAACGUCUCUGGCGGUGGGAAGAAGUGAGAUUUUUCUAUUGCAUCACCGUCCCAUUUUUCAUUACCAGGUUGAGAAAUCGGAUACUGUUAUUGUAACUUAUAUCUGGCUCAUGAGUAUAGUACAAAUUUCUUGAUCUUGAUUAGAAAUACUGUGUUGUACUAGUUUUGCUUCUUGAUCCCAAAUUGAUAUAAUCAUCUCUAUAUUUUCUUAAA